UGGACCCAAAUAUGUUUAUCAUAGUGGUGUGGUACACGCAGGACAUUGUGAGGCAAAACAGACCCCAAUGAAAAUGUAUUUUGUAUAGAGUUUCCACUAUUUUACCAUUAUCACCUUGAUCCCUGGCUCCUAUCACCACCACUGUAAGGAAAUAAGAGUCUCUACAAAGAGCAAUUUCACACAAACCACUGAAUGACUUUCACCUAUAAGUGUGACUUUACUGUUUUGGUACUUUAUUGGAAUGACUGCUUCAUAUCAAGAUACAUAUUGAAAAGAGUGUGAUGUUAUAUUUUGUGCAAUAUCGCCCUCAUUUCAGCUCUUGUGGAGACAGUUAAAGACAGUAUUAGGCAGUUUGCGCUGUGCUGCUGUGUUAGGCUGAAGUGCCACUUGCUCAACAGCACACAUUUGUGUAAAUGAAAGAGAAAGAUGGAGGAAGAGCACGAUGAUGAUGAUGAUGUUUGGAACGCAUCCGCAGUUAUUCUGGAUAUUGACUCAGGGUCGUGGGCUGACCGCUCCCCACUGCAUGAUGCUGCAAGCCAGGGACGACUUCUGGCCUUGAAGACUCUCAUUGCCCAGGGCCACAGUGUGAACGCGCUGACGAUAGACCAUGUGAGUCCUCUCCAUGAAGCCUGCAUCGGGAAUCAUGUGUCCUGUGCAAGAAUGCUCAUCGAUGCUGGAGCCAACGUAAAUGUUACAUCCAUUGACGGUGUGACCCCCCUGUUUAACGCCUGUUCGACCGGCAGUGUGACGUGUUUGGAGCUACUGUUGGAAUGUGGAGCCAGACCACAGGCCAUGGCCCCGUGCCAACCGUCCCCCAUCCAUGAAGCAUCCAGCAGAGGCCACAGUCAGUGUGUGGAGGUGCUGAUCUCAUGGGGUGCAGAUGUGGAUUAUGAAACCCGCAACAUGGGCACUCCCCUCUACACGUCCUGCCGAUGCAGAGAGUUUGUCUGCGCUCGCAAGCUGCUGGACGGAGGAGCGAAUGUUCAGAGAGGCAGGCUGAUGGAGACUCCUCUGCACGCAGCAGCUCAGCGGGACAGCGUGGGAAUUGUGAAGCUGUUGCUGGAGUUUGGUGCUGACGUUAAUGCUCGAAACUUGAGCUUUAAACGGCCGGUGGAGGUGGCACCUCCUGGAGGACUCACUGAGGGAUUCUUGCUAAUAUAUGAGGCCACGCCCCGGUCUCUGAGCCAGUUUUGCCGUCAGCAAAUAAGAGAGUGCCUGGGUCGAACCAGACUCCACCUCAUUCCACACCUACCCCUCCCUAAAGCACUCAAGAAAUUCCUGCAGUACAGAUAGCAUUAGAGAUAACAUUGUCAUGUACACUGAGUGUCCAGGUUAAUAUCUCCACUUUCCUUGGACCUACACGGAUUGUCCAGUUUAUCAGAAACCUCUACUAAAUAGCUCCAGAUGUACGUCUACAUCUUGCACCUUUAUGGUAGGUGUUUCUAAUAAACUGGCCAAUUAGUGUAAAUAGUGGAUAGAAAAAGCUGGCAACUCUGUGUGCAUCAGCUUGCUAUAUAUUACUGCUAUAUACUUUUGUUUUCUUUAAAAAAUUAAGAUGAGUUACUGAAACAAUGUAACCUUGAUGUGACGGUGGAAAGACACAGAUACAUAAGCUAUGCAAAACAUUUGAAAAGCUGAUGCCUCAUAUGGAAAAGGAGUGUGUGUGUAAACUGUACUUAUCUGACACAUUUGAAAAUUCUUUAGUGUUUUAAGUAUAAUUUGGAAUUAAACAGAAUAUUUCAAAUAUAUUUCACACAUAUAAAAUACAUGUCCAUGUAUUUAUUUUCCAUAUAGGACAGAUUCAUGAAUUUUAUGUUCUAGUUUGAAUUCACAUAUGUUGUACAUUCUUUUGGAGCCCCUGUCAAGGAAUGCCCACAAAUUAAUAUAUUGAGGCCACUAGCAAUUUAUUGGCCACAAUAUAGUAAAUAGUAGCUUCAGUAUGUUAAUUUGUAGCCUCAGGUUAUUUAUUUGUGGCCUUAAUAUAUUCAUUUGUGGCUUGAAAAUUAUUAAUUUGUGGCAUCUACAUAUGUAUUUGUGGCCUCAAUAUAAUAUUGUUUGGCCCCAGUAUAGCAUUUAGUGACCACAAUAUUAACGUAUGGCCUGAAUAUAGUGAUUCCUAGCCUCAAGAUAUCAAUUCUUGACCUCAAAAUAUUAAUUCAUGGCCUCAAUAGUAACUUAUGGCUUGAGUAUAUUAACAUGUGGCCUUUGUCUUAUUGAAAAAUAAUCUCCAUGUCACCUUAGGAGCUCCGUACAUUAUGUUCAGGAGAGCGUAAUUACUCUUGGCCAUACAUAAUUCAAUAAACAUCUCUGUCACAG